AUGUCAUCAUAUUCUGGGGAUGAUAAUACCUCUGGCCAAACUCGCGCCAGCGCGGCCGCGUGUGAGGCAUGUCGGAAAAUGAAGAUGAGAUGCAUCCGCCCACAAAGGGAGCAACAGGGCGACAACUUGACAGAACCUUGCCAACGAUGUAAGCGUACCAACCGCGAGUGCAAUAUCCCAGAGCCGAGAAAACUUGGGAGGAAGCGCGGUGCGACAGGUCGCUAUCAAGGUUUUGAAAAAGCCUAUCGGAAAAUGCAGUCGGAAUUAAAGAAGGCAAAAACCUGUUAUACGGGCGAGAAUCAUGAGAUGGAUGAUUUCGUCGCAAGCGAAGAGCCGAUUCUAGAGCUCUUAUUCUCUAACCACUCAGCCGAGACAACCAACCCCACCAAAACAUCACCAGAGCUAGGAAGUGAACUCUCUUGUGCGUCAUGUUUUAACUCGACUCUGCCAGCUAUACAAGAGAAUCAGCGGCUAGCGGAACUUGUCUCUCCUGUAUUCCGCAGCGGCGAACUCUCUCAAGCCAACCGGGAACCAAUCAGUAAUCCUUUGGCCUUGCUGGCAGAUGCCUCCGACGCCGCCCAAGCUUUGGAGCUACAGUCAAUGUCUGCCAACACUUCCUGUGAAACAAACGAAACACCUUCUACUUCACAGUCAUCGGCUAGCCAGUCCAUUGGAGCAAGCCUGGGUCGGCAACUGCUUCAUCGGCCAGGCUACGUGUCACUUGGCCUACAACUGGACAGAGACACCCUUGAAGCAGGAAUAGAUGCUCUGCUCGGUCCUUCUGAGCACCCAUACCGUUACUCGAACUAUUUCAAGUCAUCUCCUCAAGUGCCUCUACGCGAUGUUGGCCCCGAUGUUGACCCAGUGGACCUUGGUUUGGUGACCAUGGCUGAGGUCUAUUAUCUAUUUCCAAUAUAUUUCAGCCGCUUGCAUCCAGUCAACGGAAUCCUAGAUCCGAUGCUUCAUACACCAGAUUUCGUGCGUUCACGAUCGGCUCUUUUGUUCACCUGGAUACUGGCUUUAACUGCCCAAUUCGAUCAUGAGUCAGCAUCAGUCGCAAAGCGAUUACGCCUUCAUGGCGAAAAACUCUCGAAACACGUUCAUACUUGUGGAUAUAAGUCGGUUGAAAUCGUUCAAGGCUACUAUAUCUCAUUGUUAUCGGCCACUCCCGCAGAGACACUGUCACAGGAACGCUCAUGGCUCUACACAAUGUAUGCCUUUGGUGUAGCAGCCGAACUAGGCCUAGAUCAGGAUUCUAGUGCCAAAGAUGCGACACCUCUGAACACGCUCAGUGCUUCCUAUUACCGAACCCAAGAUGCAGCCCCAGCACCACUCCCAAGAGAGGACUCGUCCCGGUUAUUACUGGAGUACCCCCCAAAGGAUCACACCGAUAAUCAACGCAUGGCACGAAAUCGCGAGAGAACUUGGCUAAGGAUUCUACUAUGGGAACGGGCGAACAGUGCAGCCUGCGGUAGAAUUCACACAUUCCCGGAAACGGACUUGACACAAAGUGUUGAUAGCUGGUGGCUUCAUCAUCUGGCGGACCCUACAGACAAGCACACAUGUGCAUUUAUCACCUUGCGACGCAUUCUAGCAUCACUACAAAAUGAACUAAAAAAUCAAGCUCAUUUGACACACGUUGAUCCCCAUUGGGUACGAGAAAUGGUUGAUACAACUCUGAGGCCGUGGUGUGACCUUUGGCUGUCACAUCCAAUGCCCGAUAUAAUCACAUCGCCGUCUGAAAAGUUAUCCCAUAUCUUCCUCCAUUAUGUUUAUCUCCACGGGAGGCUUUGGACCUUGUCGUUUGCCCUUCACGGUUCCAUAAACUGGGACCAAAAUAUGGAUGCAAUCCGACUGGAUUGCUUUGAGGCUGCAGUCAAUUCUUGCGAGGUCGCCGUGCGCGAUUUGCAUCAUAUUGGGGAGCCAUUAUAUUGCAUGUUGGCCCCAACUUGGGCUAUGAUAUCAUACGCCGGCGUGUUGGCUUUGAAGCUAUUUCCCACCGUGUAUGGAUCCCGCGCCGGAAAUGACGUGGAACUUCUUGCUUUACUCAGCCAACUUGCCAUUCAAUUAGAACGUGCAGGAACAACUCCACCGCAUCGAUUUGGAAUCGCAGCGUUACUUGGACAACACCUCAUGAUGAUACUGAGAGCCAGAGCGGCGGGACUGAAAGCCCAAAGUCAACUUCGCCAGACCAGAACGGAUGCGUCGUACACCAGUACAGACUUUGAUAACGAAGCGAGUCAAUUUAUGCCACAGAAGUCCCCCCAUUCGAAGCCAUACGAGGCUUUCGUCUCGGAUUACGAUCCUUUCCUGACUACAGCGUCAAUUUCUACCCAGGGGGAUCUAAAUGAUGAGGGGUUUGCUGACUUCUUCCGGGAAAUGUUCGGGCCUGGAUUUGGGGCCGUCUUUUAA